CGUGAGACCCCCCCGCCUGGACGAGGAGCGACCUGAAGGGUGGACGUGGUGGAGUCUUCCAGGGGGAUGCAGCUUUGUGAUGGGAGGAUCCGCCGGACACGAUGGGCAACAAACAGACGACCUUCACCGAGGAGCAGCUGGAGGCGUAUCAGGACUGCACCUACUUCACCCGGAAGGAGAUCCUGAGGCUGCACGGACGAUAUCGUGAGCUGGCUCCUCAUUUGGUGCCGCUGGACUACACCAACAAUCCAGACAUCAGAGUCCCUCUGUCCCUCAUCGUCACCAUGCCUGAGCUGAAGGAGAACCCGUUCAGAGACAGAAUCGUGGAGACGUUCUCAGAGGAUGGGCAGGGGAACAUGAGUUUCAACGACUUCGUCGACAUGUUUUCUGCUCUCUGUGAGACUUCGCCCAGAGAGCUUAAGACGAUCUACGCCUUCAAGAUCUACGAUUUUAACAGAGACAGCUUCAUCUGUAAGGGGGACCUGCAGAAGACCCUGAACAAGCUGACCAAAGGCGAGCUGACGCCGGAGGAGGUCGCUCUGGUGUGUGACAAAGCCAUCGAGGAGGCCGACCUGGACGCGGACAGCAAGCUCUCCUUCGCUGACUUUGAGAACAUGAUCUCCAAAGCUCCUGAUUUUCUGAGUAACUUCCACAUAAGGAUAUGAGACACAGCCACCAACAGAGGACAGAUGUCUCAUCCAGCUGUGUUCCUAUAUCCACCGGGAGUCUGAGGAACCAGCCUCUGAUGGAUGGUUCCGGACCUUCUGGAUCACCGAGGCGAUGUUGUUUCUGCUGCCAGCUGCAGAGCUCCGGACUGGACUCCUGUGUUUUCGUAGAGACCCAGCAGCCUGGCGCUGCAGGACCGUGACUUCAGUGCUUUCCAGUCCGACUCUGGUCUAAAAGCACACAGUUAAAGGGCAAACCGUGAGCAGCUAUGCAAUCUUUCUUGCUGACAUGCAUGUUGUAAAUAGCUUCCUCUGCUGCUGAGACUGUAAAUGUGCUUUAGUGAAGUGUUCUGGUGCAAACUGACAAUCAUUGUAAACUGUAGCUCAGUUAUUGGAAGGGCUCUCUGUCAGUCUGGCUUUCACACACCUUCUCCUGCCCACAGGCAACCUGAUCAAACACCUUCCACCCGUUCACCGGAGUGUUUUCUGACUAGAAGCGAAUAAAAGCUGUUUUCUUCCA